AGUGUGCAACUCAGUGGCGCGAAAGCAUCGGCAGGGAGAGCGUCGCUCGGUUACCUGUGACCAAGAGGGAUGAUAAAAAUUAAUCAUCACUCUUUCGCCAGACUAAACUCACCCUCUGGGUGAAUGAGAAAACGAAGAGGAGAACGGGACUGUGGCCAGUGACGCCUGCACAGCUGUUCUCUGUCCAUACUUGAGCAACUCAGAGUGACCGCGUGUGUGUUGGAGUGAUGAUUGAUGUUAAUUGUCGCUUGGUGGCUGUUGAAUAGAAAAACUCAUGAGGAGUUUGAGUGUCAGUGCUUGGUACUCGAUGAACGAGACGUUUGCCGUUGAGAUAAAUUGUCAUUACGAAUGUUUUAAAUCUCAAGUUCCUCGUGUUAUCGAUAAUAACGAGUCCAUUGGCGUUAGUAUGGUCUGUAAGAUUGUACUGACAUCCACUGAUUUUUACCAGCUAGCUCUCGGCCCACUCCACGUAUUUCAAGGAGGAACGAAAUUAUCUCAUGAUUCAUGAUUUCCAUCGUGAUUUUUACGUCGACAAUUUUCAUACUUUCGGUUCACUCAUUCGUGUUUAGGCAUGCUUGAGAAGCCGAAAAUUGUACGAGCGACCCAGGAGCGCAGCUGGAUCGAGGGGACAUUUCAGAAACGAGAGUGUACGAAAUUCAUCCCCAGUGCCAAAGAUGAACAUAGGCUUGAAGACAUACAAGGAGAUAAAAGUGCUGAAUACGACGUGAUCACCACCUCCAGGUGCUGCUGUGGUCAUUCUUACACCCACCACUGUGGAACUGGAGCGGAUGUACAGAAUUUUGCAACGGGCACGGCGGCUGAAGCUGAGCGGGAACAAUGGUCGCCUGGAAAAAACACGAAACCCGCACCAACAGAUGCAUAUGGAACCGUUGAAUUCCAGGGCGGACCGCAUCCGACGAAAGCUCAAUAUGUUCGAAUGGCCCAUGACACUCGGCCCGAGCCAAUUGUUCAACUAUUGUGCCGAGAAUGGAACCUGGGCUUACCCCGUUUACUGAUAACAGUGCACGGUGGCCGCUCCAAUUUCGAGCUUCAGCCGGCAUUGAAAAAAGUAUUACGCAAGGGUUUAUUGAAGGCCGCCAAGACAACCGGGGCAUGGAUUUUCACUGGUGGAACGAAUACUGGCGUUACACGUCAAGUUGGAGAUGCAUUGCUGCUUGAACGAUCGCAGCGGCAGGGUCGAGUGGUUAGUAUUGGUAUAGCUCCGUGGGGAAUACUCGAGAAGAGCCAUGAACUGGUUGGUCGCGGAGGAGAGGUGCCUUAUGACUCCAUGGCCUCCCCCUGGUCAAAAUUCGCAGUGCUAAAUAAUCGUCAUGCCUACUUCCUCCUGGUUGACAACGGCACAGGUGGUCGAUACGGUGCCGAGAUAGUUCUUCGUCGUAAACUUGAGAAAUAUAUUUCAAACUUGAAACUCCAGCCAUACACGCACAGUAGUAUCCCAGUGGUGGCAUUAGUUAUCGAGGGUGGAACAAACACAAUACGUUCAGUGCUGGAGUAUGUCACAGAUGAACCACCUGUACCUGUUGUUGUCUGUGAUGGUUCUGGGCGUGCAGCUGACCUUAUCGCCUUCAUGCAUAAAUAUGCCACUGAGAGUGAUGAUACUAAGGGUGGAAGCACUGAUGGACCAUUGGAGAGCAUGAAAGAACAUUUAUUAGAAACAAUUAAGCACACUUUCAAAGUAUCACCUGAGCAGGCAGCCCAGUUGUAUUCUGAAUUGCUUCAGUGUACUCGUAAAAAACAUUUAAUAACUGUGUUCAGGAUAACUCAAGAUCGACCACAAGAGCUCGACCAAACGAUCUUGACAGCCCUCUUCAAAUCCCAACAAUUAUCCCCCGCCGAACAGCUCUCCUUAUCACUAAUAUGGAAUCGUGUAGACAUAGCGAGAAGUGAGAUAUUUGUUUAUGGUCAAAAAUGGCCACCAGGUGCACUAGAGCAAUCAAUGAUGCAGGCACUCCAGCACGAUAGAAUAGAUUUCGUUAAACUACUGCUUGAGAAUGGUGUAUCAAUGAGAAAAUUUUUAUCAAUACCACGUUUGGAGGAGUUGUACAAUACUAAAGAAGGACCAUCCAACACUCUGGGAUAUAUACUGCGCGAUGUGAGGCCACAUAUUCCAAGGGGAUACAUUUAUACACUUCACGAUAUCGGUCUCGUGAUUAAUAAAUUGAUGGGUGGUGCUUACAGGCAUCAGUACACACGUCGUAAAUUUCGAAUGAUCUAUGCUAAAGUGAUGAAACGAUCAGGUGGACAUCUCCAGCAGCACAGAAACAGCAUGGCCAGUGGGCUAAAAUUUUAUUCAGGAUCUGGUGAAAAAACGCACGGACUGACAAUGAGCCUUCUCGCUGAGACACUGCCAGCUAAUCGAGAUACACCGUUGUUCGAUUAUCCUUUCAAUGAACUUCUUAUCUGGUCUGUUCUCACCAAGAGACAGCAAAUGGCAUUGCUCAUGUGGCAGCAUGGUGAGGAGGCACUUGCUAAGGCUCUUGUUGCACUUAAAUUGUACAAGGCUAUGGCUCAUGAAGCUGCAGAGGAUGAUCUUGAGACUGAAGUUUAUGAUGAACUGCGAGGAUAUGGGAAGGAGUUCGAAAAUAUCGCACUGGAGUUACUGGACUACUGUUACCGUCAGGACGACGAUCAAACACAGCAAUUAUUAACUUCUGAAUUGCAAAAUUGGUCGGGUCAGACUUGUUUGUCACUGGCCGUGACCGCAAAUCAUCGUCCAAUUCUUGCACACCCAUGCAGCCAGAUUAUUCUCGCGGAUCUGUGGAUGGGGGGGUUGAGAACCAGGAAAAAUACCAAUCUGAAGGUGGUUUUGGGACUGCUGUGCCCUUUUUAUAUAAUCAAGUUGGACUUCAAGACAAGGGAAGAGCUCCAAUUGAUGCCACAAACACAGGAGGAGCACUUGAUCGCUCUGGAGGAUGAGAAUGAAGACAGCGAGUCCGAGCAGGGGACCCCUGUUGGUCCAGAUGUGGAGAAACGUCUACGCAGGAGCCUCAGCAUUUGCAACAAAUCCACCAGCCAGCAGGCCCCAAAGGCUUUAAUAAGCAAUGAACACAGCACGGCAGUUGCCAAAGAGACUAUUGUUCAGGAGAAUGGAAAAGUACUUACGGACAACGACGACAAUCUUCAUCGUCCCUAUGGCCUUCUAUCAGAAUAUUAUGAUAAUAAAACAAAUCGACCAUUACGAUUAAAGAAAAAAUUGUACGAAUUCUACACUUCGCCUAUUACUAAAUUUUGGGCAAACGCUAUAGCAUACAUGGUUUUUCUAAUGCUCUUCUCAUACUGCAUCCUCGUAAAAAUGACUGAAUACCCAGGACUUGCUGAGCUCUACGCAAUAGCUUACAUAUGUACUCUUGGCUGUGAAAAAGUUCGUGAGAUAGCAACGUCCGAGCCCGCAACAAUGUUCCACAAAUUCAGUGUAUGGUCGUGGAACAUGUGGAAUCCCUGUGAUGCAGCUGCUAUUAUAUUCUUUCUUAUUGGUCUAGCACUGAGAGUUAGGCAGGCGACAUUCGAUAUUGGACGAGUCUUGUACUGUGUCGAUUGUAUUUACUGGUACUUGAGGAUUUUGAACAUUCUAGGUGUUAAUAAGUACCUAGGGCCCUUAGUUACAAUGAUGGGUAAGAUGGUGAAGAAUAUGAUCUACUUUGUUGUCCUUUUGCUCGUGGUACUGAUGAGCUUUGGAGUAUCUCGACGAGCUAUUCUCAACCCUAAUUCAGAUCCACAAUGGGUAAUAAUCCGAGAUAUAUUUCUACAACCGUACUUCAUGCUUUACGGUGAAGUAUACGCAGACGAGAUAGCCCCAGACUGUGGGGAUGAGCCUUCAAUGCCCUGCCUUCCAGGUCGUUGGAUAACCCCAAUAGUGAUGUCAAUGUAUCUCUUAGUAGCCAACAUUCUCCUUAUCAAUCUCCUCAUAGCAGUCUUCAACAAUAUUUUCAUCGAGGUGAAUGCAGUGGCCCAUCAAGUUUGGAUGUUCCAACGUUUCACUGUUGUCAUGGAAUACGAGCAAAAGCCUGUUCUUCCACCGCCUUUUAUAGUCUUCUCCCACAUCUGGCUCCUCGGAAGAUACCUAUUCCGUUACAUAACCCAAGGAGAGAUGCGAUCACUCGAGACAUAUGACAACGGUCUGAAGCUCUUCCUCGAGGCGGAUGACAUGGAGCGCCUCUACGACUUUGAGGAGGACUGUGUUGAGGGUUAUUUCACCGAACAACAGCUCAAGCUACAAAUGUCUACAGAGGAACGAGUGAAACUCACGACAGAACGAGUGGAUAAUAUGUCUCAAAAGCUAGAAGAUAUAGAUAAGAAAGAGAACAGCCAGAUAGCUUCGUCCCAAGCUGUGGAAUUUCGUAUGCGUAAGUUAGAAGAAUUGAGUGAACAAACGUUAGCUCAUUUGGGAGUAAUACACAGAUUCAUGGCGACACAUAUGCAAAAUGAAAAUAUAUCAAAUUUGGACAUAGAAAUACGGCCCAGAAGAGUGUCUGAGAGGUCCGAAGUAAUCUCAGAGGCGGACUCACACUCCCAUCUUCCAGGAUUAUUUCCAAGGAGGAGACUCUUGAGGUCUUUAACUGAUGCACCAGUGCUGCACUUAAAUCCCUCCAUUGAUGAUGACACGAUAAAACAGUCAGAGACAGCGACGUCUCGUGAGAAUCUCAGUAGAAAUGAGUCGUCGUCCAGUGGAGAAGUGCUAACGACUGGCCCUAAUGAGAAGCAGACGGCGACAACCAGUCAGGAGGAAAGUGGAGAAAGCAGAGAGAUCCCAGAGGGUGAUGUUAAAAAGCCAGAGGUUGAGAGGGAUACCAGCAGCGAUGUACCAAUGUCAGACAUGCGCCAGGAUUCAUCAGAGAGGGCAACCAGGCAGACAAGCAGAUCACGAUCUGAAUCUGAUGAUGCCAUGCAUCUGGCGCCACCUGGUGGACAGAAAGGUGUCAAAUGGGCUGAUCCUAGGGUUGCCAUCAUUACUGGAUCCAGUGGAGGUCAUCCCAGGUCGACUCUACUCGCUAUGAGAAAUGAAUACACCAGCAUUACUGAUGAACUUGAGGGAUACUGUGGGCUUCUCAGUCCUCCGAGGACUCCUCCUGUAUCGCCUCCUCCCAGCAGAGCCAAACACGUCAUUGAUAUGUCCGAUCCUGAGGUCGCUCUGGAAUUUGAGAAUGAACAUCUCAGGGAUGCAGAGGCAUGUGACUAUCAGCAAAUGGAGGAUCUCAUUCAAAGGAGGUACAGGCAGAAGGACGAUGAUUCCGAUACUGAUGAUGUUGUACCACCACCGUUCUAUGUUGCUAAUGAACAUCGAUUGAGGAGAUCCACUGCCAUCGACGAGGAGAGCAAAGGUAAUGUUCAUCAAAGGAGGAGGGUCCCACCUACUAUCAGCGUUACGAGGGAAAUUGAACAGACUUUAUCAAGACCACCUGCUAUCAGAGAUUCAGAUGCCUCUGAACCUGAUGAUCAAAAUAAUCCGGGUCCUGCACCAGCUUCAGAAACUAUGUGCUGAGGCACUGGCUUCUUAUAGUUUUUAGAAAUGCUAGAAUAAUCAUGUUAUUUUCCAAUUCUAUUAUGAUUGUUUAGGUAGGGAGUGAAGUGGUAGAUUUUUAUGAAUCACAUCUUUUUGUUAUUUGUGUAUUUAGAAAUUAAAUUUUGCGCAUGCCAUUUCAUAUUUUGAACCGAUUCUUUAGUGGGAAGAGUUAGAAAUUUUUUAUCCAAGUACGUAAAAGGCAUUAGUUGUUGAAAAAAUCAAACUACUCAAAAUCUACUUUCUACUGAUUUUUUCAAGUUUUAGCAACAUUCUUUCAAUUUUCCAAGUCUUAGGAAGAAUGAAAGAAUUAAGAUAAAUUUUACCACUUCACAACUGAUCUAGAAUGAUUUUUCCACUUGUAUUAAUCCAAAGUACUUUUCAGCAUUUUAGCUGGAUAAUUAAUUGUUUUUAUCAUACAAUUAUUUUAGCGAAAUUUCGCAUAUCACUCUCGUGAUUAAUUUUUACAAUUAAAUAUAUUCAACGUGAUGAUCACAGCCCACAUCAACAUUGAAUUUUACAUUUGAAAUUUUAGGCUAAAUUAUGUUUUGCGAUCAAUUACACGAUACAAUUUCACGAUACUUAGAUAAAUUUUACUCUAGUCGACAUAACACGAUUAAUUAAAUCGAAUUUCAAGUAACUGAUUUACUUCUUUUAGCCUUUUAUUGAGGUACCAGAAUCUUGUACAAAAGAAAAAUUCGUAGAUUUAGAUUAAUGUACCCGAAAACGUUAGCAAUUGAUAAUUGAGAGCCUGAUUGAGGUCUCUGACUGCUCAAGUCGCGUAUUGGCAUGAAAUUUAAUGAGUCCAUAUAUUUUUUAAUCAAACGUAAAAUGUAAAUAUGAAAUUCUAUUUUUUUCGCUUUCUUGUAAUAUUUCAAUGGUAUAGAUGCCAAUUUUGCUCAAAUGAAGGCGUUUCACUUUAAAUUCAGCAGCAUGCGCUCUUUGUCUGGUGUUAUUUUCAGUUGAAAAAAAAUAUGUUUCAUGUUUUCUAUGACUCCAUGUGUGAGUAACAAUAUAUUUUCAUGUGAUUUAUUUGAAUUUGUGGAAUAAUAAAAAGUGUAAUCUCGAAUGAAUGACGAAACUAGCUCAUAAUUAUAUAUUCAUUACUUAAUAAUUGUUUCAAAAUUACAUUUACAAUAAUGAAUCAAAAAAACUACAAAUUUAUUUUAAGUGUGACCGUAAAUACGCUAUCUAUGAGAGAGUUUGAUGGAAAAAUUGAGUGCUUUACUAAGAAAAUUUCCUUGAAUUUUUGCUUCAAUUCUGUUGAUGAUAACUUUAGACCCCAGAAUUUACAGGGACAAAUUCAUUUAGAAUAUUGUUUAGAGAAUAGUCAAUAUCCUCGAAAUUCUAGUUGCAAUGGAUACUGAAAGGUUGUGUAUUUUUUAUUAUAAAAUUCACGCAAAGAAAUCAUUUACCAGAAUUGAAAUUACAAAUCUGAGAGAUUUCUAAGGAACAGCAUUACAUUUUUCAAUCUUUUUUUUUUGUAAGUGACGCGACUUUGCUGAUAGAUUGUAAUUUUGGAAUUGUCACUUAUUAUUGGACUGAUCAUUCCACCAAAUACCUAAUAAACUUCUUUCUGAGCUUACUGUUACCAUCAAACUCUGAGAAACGAGUGAAUAGAAUGUGAGUCUGAUCGAUCGAAUAUGUGAUACCCACUAAACCACGAAAAACCAAAAAAUAUAAUGUAAUAGAUGAAAUAAAUUAAUCACGUGCACGCGAAGAAUAACAAAUAAUAACAACGAAAUAAUUAUCAAAUGGGUAAUCCUCAUAAUUUAUUUACGUCAAGAUAUCUGUCAAUUAAUGAACAAAACUCAGGGUCGUGCAAAAAAAAUAACUGAAAAAAAUUUAUUAUUUCGUUGAUUAAUUAUGAGAUGAUAUCAUAAUGUAAUUUAAUUUAGUUAAAAUUGAAUGUAUUAGUUAGGACAUUCGAUCGAUCGUUCCAUUAAUGACGUGUGGCAAUUUGAGAUUGAAGAAGGAGGAAAAGUACAAAGUUGAAUUGCAAAAGUUACUCGCCAGUAGUUCCAGUGACGAAAGAAAUAAAAUACAGGAACUCAAUGAUUAAAGGAGAUUGAAUAGGAAUAGAAAUGAGACUUCACUCAACAAAUUUUAUUUUUCAUAAUACCGAAGCAUUACAUUUAUCCUCGCCCGAUCAUCAAUCACAUAUCAGAAUGGCUGAUGUCACAUUUCAGCAAUGACGAGCUCUAACGCAAUCGAUGAUAAAAAUUGAUUUCCUCCUUUAGGGGGAGCUUCAAUAUUCUGAAAUCAUGAUACAAUUGAAUAAUCGUUCGUUUUAUUGUGAGAUUGAACCCGGGGAUGAGAAAUUAAUGAAAAAAGAAGAAUAGAAAUAAUUGUAAAAUUAAUAAUAGCAUCGAAAGUUGUGGAUUGACAAAAUACAAAAAAAUACCAGCAUAA